UUAUAAAGUAAGACUUUAUGUUUUCCAAAAAUUUGGUUAUUAUUUCAUUUAAUCAUAACUGAUAAUUUUUGAACAGUUACCUUAAAACUUAGCGUGGAAUCUUUUAUCAACAUGUCUUUAACAACGCUAUUUCUGGCGUCAAUCCUGAUGGUUUUAGUUGCUUGCCAAGAAGAGAAUACUCCUAUGGACUCGGAUGCAAAGCCUCAGCAUUCAUUUUGUUAUUCUUGCGUGGUAAAAGACAAAGAGAUAACGAACGAAACGAAAUGUACUGUCGAUACAUUCACCUCAAGAACAGGAAUACGUUGCAACAGCAAGCAAUAUUGCUAUACCGAAAUAUUGAGACCUGUUGAAGGAAACGAUGAAGACAUCUUACUGAAACGAGGUUGCACACCGUACUACAUAAAUGCUUGCCUUUUUGUCAUGACGAAGGAAGAUGGAAAUUACACAAAGUGUGUGAAAACUUGCAAUCAAGAUCAAUGCAACACAGAAAAUUUCAUCAACUUCACUGUCUACGCCGACCCAGAUGCGACAUGUACUGGUGGUAAUGGAAGCAUGGGUAUGAAGAUGGGAGGAGGAUUAGCGUUCUUUGCAGCACUUUUUCUUGCGUUGCUAAAUGUGAUUUAAUGCAGUAAAAUAAAUUCAUAUGAAAGGUA